UACAACGAAAAUAACCAGUUUACAGAAAAUCGGUUUCCUGAAUGGCCAACCUGGUUGCAUAUACAUAUUCCAAUUGAUAUUAAAUUUUCUAGGUUAUAGUGAUCAUUUUGCGGUUUUUGUUAUUGUUGCGUCGUCACAUUUGAAAAACAUGUUAGAAAACGUGAAGCACAUCGUAUUGGUUCUCUCUGGGAAAGGGGGUGUUGGAAAGUCCACUGUCAGCACCCAAUUGGCUUUAACAUUUAAGGAAAAAGGCUACAAAGUAGGCUUACUUGAUGUUGAUUUAUGUGGCCCAAGUGUUCCUUAUUUGCUACAAUUGGAAGGGCAGGAUGUCCAUCAAUCGGAUGGGGGGUGGGUGCCAGUUUAUGCAGAUCAAGAACAGAAACUUGCAGUCAUGUCUAUAGGCUUCCUGUUGGGAAACAGAGAUAGUGCUGUAGUUUGGCGGGGACCAAAGAAAACUGCAAUGGUCAAACAGUUUCUAACUGAUGUUUGUUGGGGUGAAUUGGAUUACCUCAUUAUUGACACACCUCCAGGUACGUCUGAUGAGCAUAUAACUAUAAUGGAAAAUCUUAAAAGUGUUAAGUGUGAUGGCGCUAUCAUAGUAACAACUCCCCAACAAGUUUCUAUUGAAGAUGUCAGGAAAGAAAUUACAUUUUGUAAAAAGACUGGCAUUCCAAUUUUAGGACUCAUUGAAAAUAUGAGUGGUUAUGUUUGUCAACAUUGUACAGAAUGCACAAAUAUAUUCAGCAAAGGUGGAGGUGAAGCUUUGGCUAAACUGGCACAGAUAGAUGUUUUGGGUACACUUCCAAUUGAUCCAAGAGUUGGACAACUUUUAGGCAAGGCGUGUGUUAAAGAACUACCUGAGUCUCCAUCAGCUAAAGUGUUCAGUCAUGUUGUUGAGCAAAUUGCUGCCAAAUAAUUGUAUACUUUCAGUUGAUUUAAUUGUUGAAAUUGUAUUUUUCUAUGUGUUUGUUAUUUAAUAAAUAAAUUGAUUUAUGA